AUGUCUGCCACCCAGAUCAGUAUCAAGCUCACUCGACCUCCCAGCGGCCUCACCCGCAAGGUCACCUUCGACGCGCGCCCUUCCUGGGACGAGCUCGCCGCUCGCAUCGAGUCUUUGUACGACAUCCCCAAGGAACACGCUGCCGUCUCCUACGUCGACGCCGAAGGCGACGAUGUGACGAUGAACACGCAGACCGAGCUCCAGGACUUCUACACCACGCAGUCCGGCGGUGGCACCAUCCGCUUCGUCGUGCGCGAUGUGCGCGCUGCCCACGGCGGCUCUGCCACUGCCGGUGCCUCUGGGACUGAGGAGCGCGCCACUCCCACAUCGCAGCUCGCCGAGAACGUGGCCCACGUCAUCGCCUCGCUCACGGAGAUGGGCGGCGCUAACCCCGAGGUCGCUGAGACCAUCCGCAACGUCGUACGCAGGAGCGCGCCCUUCUGGCAGACUGGCGGCGGCCCCCCAGCCUCCCCCUUCGGCCCGGGCCCGCCGCAUCCGCCUCCUCCUCACUCAAUCCCCCAGCUCUUCUAUCCCCGCCCUCCCAGCGGGACUCCCAGCCUUCCGGGCCACUGGGACUUCCCUGGAGGACCUCAGUUUUCGUUCGGACGCGGACGCGGCCGUCACCACCACGGUCCGUCAGGCACGCACCCUCGUCAUGCAUUCCCGCCGCCCCCGCCCGGCCCCGGCGCCCCUCCUCCCGGCGAGGAAGACUUCGCCUCGAGUGCGCCGGAGGGCGCGCCCCGCGCGCACGGCCGCCACCGCCACCGCCACGGCUCCCCGCACGCGCACGGUCACCGCCACUACGGCCCGCCCCCACCCCCGUCGUCCGCAUUCCCUCCGAUGGACCCGCAGGCCCCCGGUGCGUUCCCUCCCCCGCCGGGCGCGCCUCCGGGCCACGAGGAGUUCGUCCACAUCCCUCCCCCGCACGCAGAGGAUGCGCCCCGGAGAGACCGCUCGCGCUCCCCCGGACUCGGAGGUGCCAACGAGCGUCGCCGCGGGCACGAGUCCGGACAGCGCAACUACCGCCACGGCGGCCCACCUCCAGCCCCUCGCGACGCGGUCUUCGAUUUUCUGAGCGGCCUUUCGUUCGGCUCCGGUGCGCAGCGGGGUAGCGGAGACGGGCGCAGCCCUCGAGGCCCGCCGCCUGGGCCGCAUGCUCGGGGCAGUCGCGGCUUUUGGACCCCCGACUAUUCGGGCGAGUCGUCUGACGAGGUCUAG